CCCCCACCUCCCCUCCCUCACCCCCACCUCCCUCCCUCACCCCCACCUCCACUCCCUCCCCCUCCCUCACCCCCACCUCCACUCCCUCCCCCCCCCCCCCCCCCCCCCCCCCCCCCCCCCCCCCCCCCCCCCCCCCCCCCCCCCCCCCCCCCCCCCCCCCCCCCCCCCCCCCCCCCCCCCCCCCCCCCCCCCCCCCCCCCCCCCCCCCCCCCCCCCCCCCCCCCCCCCCCCCCCCCCCCCCCCCCCCCCCCCCCCCCCCCCCCCCCCCCCCCCCCCCCCCCACCCCCCCCCCCCCCCCCCCCCCCCCCCCCCCCCCCCUCCCCCCCCCCCCCCCCCCCCCCCCCCCCCCCCCCCCCCCCCCCCCCCCCCCCCCCCCCCCCCCCCCCCCCCCCCCCCCCCCCCCCCCCCCCCCCCCCCCCCCCCCCCCCCCCCCCCCCCCCCCCCCCCCCCCCCCCCCCCCCCCCCCCCCCCCCCCCCCCCCCCCCCCCCCCCCCCCCCCCCCCCCCCCCCCCCCCCCCCCCCCCCCCCCCCCCCCCCCCCCCCCCCCCCCCCCCCCCCCCCCCCCCCCCCCCCCCCCCCCCCCCCCCCCCCCCCCCCCCCCCCCCCCCCCCCCCCCCCCCCCCCCCCCCCCCCCCCCCCCCCCCCCCCCCCCCCCCCCCCCCCCCCCCCCCCCCCCCCCCCCCCCCCCCCCCCCCCCCCCCCCCCCCCCCCCCCCCCCCCCCCCCCCCCCCCCCCCCCCCCCCCCCCCCCCCCCCCCCCCCCCCCCCCCCCCCCCCCCCCCCCCCCCCCCCCCCCCCCCCCCCCCCCCCCCCCCCCCCCCCCCCCCCCCCCCCCCCCCCCCCCCCCCCCCCCCCCCCCCCCCCCCCCCCCCCCCCCCCCCCCCCCCCCCCCCCCCCCCCCCCCCCCCCCCCCCCCCCCCCCCCCCCCCCCCCCCCCCCCCCCCCCCCCCCCCCCCCCCCCCCCCCCCCCCCCCCCCCCCCCCCCCCCCCCCCCCCCCCCCCCCCCCCUCCCCCCCCCCCCCCCCCCCCCCCCCCCCCCCCCCCCCCCCCCCCCCCCCCCCCCCCC